GUAAUCCGUAAUCACCAAAUUACUAGGGGUCUAUUCUGCCACAUAGAAAGACGUUCAGGGGUUAAUGUGAACUUGCUACAACUUAAAUAUCUAUUAGUAUCUUCAUACCCUAAAAACCCUAAUCGUAUCCCGAGAGUCAUAAUUUAGCCUAUCAUCAAUUCCAUCUCUUUGAAUCUGCAUCUUCAAUCUCCAUCUUCAAUGGAGUAUGUGAAAUACCAACCGGAACACAACCCAGAAGCCAUAAUCAGUUACUGUUCACAUGGCGCUAAAUCAGGCAGAAGCAAUAAUCCAGAUGUUAAAGAUUUGAUAUUAAAGGCGAAAAAACAUCUAUCUUCAAUCGGCUGGUUGUUCUUCUACACUUAUAAGAUUAAUCCGGACCGUCGAGAACUGCGGUAUCGAUCUCCUGCAGGUAGAUCAUAUUGUUCCCUCCGAACAGCAUGUCAGUCUGUUCUUGACCACCAAGGUCAGUACAUUCAUGUUCUUGAAAACCCUAAAGAACCAGAUAAAAAACUGGAGAAAAAAGAUGAUUCUUGGACUGAUAAUCGACCCGGGAAGAAGAUUCGAAUGGAGGAUGUUGAAAGUUUAUAUCUUCAACAAGAAAGAGACCAAUCAGUUGUGAAUAAUGUUGUUGAAAACAUAAAGAUUGAUGAUGCUAGGGUUCAAGAUUUGGAAAGAUUUAAGGAAUCUGGUUGUUCGAAAGUCGAAAAACCUAAAGAAGGAGAAGGCAAACCAGAGAAAAGCGAUGAUGAUUCGGUGAGUAAUAAUCGACCGAAGAAAAAGAUUCGAAUGGAAGAUGUUGAAACUUCAUAUCUGCAACAACAAAGAGACCAAUAUCUUGUUGGAAAGAAGAGAAUUGCGGGUACUAGGGUUCAAGAUUUGAAAAGAUUAAUGAAAGCCGGUGAGAAAAAGAAUGAUUUGAAGCCCAAGAAACUUAUUCGAAAGGUGGAGAGUUCAUCGUCUACCCGUAGUAGGAGGUGUGUGCUUUCGUUGCUAAUCGAGUAUAACAUUUUGUCGAGGGGCGCAAGAGUGUCGUAUUGUAAAAAGGAUGGUCGAAUUUUGGCGAAAGGGCGGGUUUAUGACGAGGGGAUUCAAUGUGAUUGUUGUGAUCAGUUGUUUUUGUUAAGUAAAUUUGAGGCUCAUGCUGGAAGUACAUAUCAUAGACCAGCAGCCAACAUAUUUCUCGAAGAUGGAAGGUCGAUUGUCGAUUGCCAAACUCAAUUACAACGCGAAAACAAAGUGUUUAUCAAGACUCAAUCGAAAAAGGCGACUGAUAGCGUAUCAUGUAACGACGAUUUCUGCUCGGUUUGCAACGAUGGUGGAGAGUUGGUGUUAUGUGAUUCUUGUACAUCUUCUUUCCAUUCAACCUGCAUUGGGUUGAGCCAAAUCCCGGAUUCGGCUUACUGGUUUUGCCCUUCUUGCUGUUGUAGAAUUUGUCAUGAAGGUCAAAUUAGUAAUUUCACAACGGAAGGUAGCCAUGAUCAUGGACAACUUAAGUGUGGACAAUGUGAGCGUCGAUUCCACAAAGAUUGCGUUAAAAGAUUAGGGUUUUCAGUGUCUAACACCAAUGCUGAUCAAAAUGAAUGGUUAUGUUCGGAGAAUUGUGAACGAAUAUAUUCUACACUUAAAAGUUUUUCAAAAACGGUCAUGUUAGCCACGGACAACCUAAGUUGGAAACUGUUGAAGCUCGAAACCGAUGACAACAAGUACGCCAAAACUUCCAGCAAGUUAAACGUCGCGUUGGACGUAAUGCACGAGUGUUUUCAACCCGUAAAACAUCGUUGGUCGGAUAAUGAUUUGAUUGAAGAUUUGAUCUUUAGUAGAUCUUCUAAACGGUCGAAUUUCAAAGGGUUCUUCACCGCAGUUCUUGAGAGAGGUGAUGAGAUGAUUACGGUGGCUACAUUGCGGGUUCACGGUUGUAAAGUGGCUGAGAUCCCCCUUGUUGCAACAAGAUUUCGGUACCGGAGAUUAGGGAUGUGCCGGGUAUUAAUCGAUGAGAUCGAAAGGAAAAUGAAAGAGUUAGGGGUCGAGAGGCUUGUUUUGCCAGCGGUGCCAGAGAUGGUUAGUACUUGGACUGAGUCGUUUGGGUUCAAAGUGAUGACGGAACUUGAAAGAAUGAAUCUUGUUGAAUAUAAGUUAGUUGAUUUUCCGGGUACCAUAAUAUGUCAUAAAAUCUUGAAGUAAAUGUGGAUAAGUUGAUGUU